CACAAAUAGCCGGCUGUCUGCCCCGUCACGGCCUAACGACUAUACGUCCCUCCUCGACAGCCUUGAUGAGGUCCUUGAGGCCCCGCUUUUUCUUCUCAGCCGCCUUGGCCACCCACUCCUCCCUCGCCUUCUCUCGCGCAAAGUUCUUCAAGUCGUCCAAACGCGCCUGUGCCGCCUUGGUCGCCGCCUGACGACCGUCGACCCCCGUGCCCUUGCCCUUCGCAGGAGGUCCUGAGAUGGCCGGCCCCUGCAGCCACGAUAUCUCGUUAGACACCCGUUCAUAUUGCCGGCUGUGGGUGAGGAUCUUGUCGAGUGCUCGGCCGGGCUGCCCCGUCUCCUCCUGCCGCCUCAUCAUGCUCUCCCGUGUGGCUAUCGGCGGGUGGCGACCGAGCCUCGUCUGCAGCUUGCGGCUGCUGGCGUGCUUCCUCAUCUGACCCUUGUAGAAGGCGGAGAUGGCCAGGUGGGGCGAGAAGGUGCGCUCGAUCUUUCUCUCAGCCUCGUGUGGGUCGUAUAAGGGUUCCGCUUCUUGGUCUUCCGCUUGUGCUCGCGAAGGUUGGCCAGGAGGUUCUCUGUGCGAGUGCGGAGGGAGGGGGAGUAUUUGAUGAGGAAGGCUUGGGUGAGAAUGCCCUUUGCCGGCGCCCACAUGAUGUCAUCGGCCUGUCAAACAGCACAGACAGAGACAUGUAAGGAGAGGCCAUCUUGUGUGUGUCUCACCUGUGCCACAGCGAAGUUGUCGUUGUGGUUGAAAGCUCCAAAGUUCAU